AUAGCAAGUAAACUUUGGUACUGCAUUAUUUUGCCCCACACAAAGUAUUCCACGCUUGUGGAUUUCACUCUUUUUUUUCAUCCCUCAUCCGCGGUAUCACCAUUACUCUUUGUUGUCGCGCCCCGUUCACUAAACACUAAACUGUGAUGAGCGGCGCUACCGAGGCAUCCGCCCCUAACUCCGGCCAGGGCGGUAUUAGCACUCCUAGUGACUUAUCCAGCCAGAAGCGGUCGCGCGACUAUGGAGAGCAGCUAAAGGGCUUGUCCCCAUCUGAUGAUGAAGAUCACCAGAAGGAUAAUUCGUUACCAGCAUUGAAGAAACAGAAAACGGUCAACUCCGAUAGUGGUGAUGACUCAGAUCUGGACGACGGCGAAAUAGUAGAGUCGAGUCCAAAUCCUAGUUCAGCACAUGCCCAACCCAUCACCGAGGCUGUAGCAGGUCCCUCUAAAACACAUGCCCCUGACAACGUUGCGCAUGAGCCUUCUGAGGAUGGUGAGAUUGACAGUCCCAUGGCUAAGCCUCAGGAGUCUGAUGAAUUGGACCAACCUUUCUUCAUUGACAAGACCGGGAGCAAGCCUGAUCAACAUUCAGGCUGGAACCAAGGGCUUAGUCUAGGUGCAAGAACGUCAUUUGGGAAGCCAGCCGCAAACCUUUUCCCUGCAAACUCAGCUGCUAGAGAAGGGCCUAUGUUGUCCUCCACGUCUUCGCAGCGCGAUCGUAAAGACAGGAUUGUUCAAUAUGGUGGCGGUGGAAGAGAAGAAGAUGAUGACGAUGAGAGGGAUAGAGACUAUAAGCCGCCAACUGAGUCGCCUGACGAUCAGCCACCGGUUAGAUUUACCGUCGAUGGAAACACAUGGUAUCUACCUCAUCUAAAUUUUCGAGCCAAAAAGCAUUCUGUUGCUACGGCAGACUUCUCCAAUGACAGAAUACAGACCUGGAUUCUUGCAUUUCUCGAGAGGAAUGCGAAGGGUGUUGAUCGCGUGUCUACCAAAGUGGUCCGAGAAGGAUUCACUAGCCAUCUAAACCUUAAAGGAGCGAAUCUUUUCAAGGGCGUUAAAAAGCAUGCCGACGCUGCUACAAGUGCGGCUCAAAAGGCUAUAGAUGAUGCCGGCCUUGGGGAGCUGGUUGAGAAGAAGGUUAGGCAGUUCCAAACACGGAGAAGUAGAAAUACCAAAGAAACUAGGGUUACUAGGGUUACUAGGGCUACUUCGGCCAAGGAGCCCAGCCAAGAAGAUACUAUACCCGCUACAGAUAAACGAGAGGAAGUAUUAGUUGAUGAGGACGAACUGCGGCAACAGCGAAAGUAUUUCCCGUGGGCAGAAGAUCCAGCUCAGCACUGCCUGUCAUGCUCCGGAGUUGGGCAUCGUGCUCAUGAAUGUCCACAGCGCAACUGUAAGUUCUGUGGGAGCCAGGAACACGCUCUGUUUGGCUGUCCCACGAAGCAGAGGUGUUCCAAAUGUCGCCAAUUAGGGCAUAGCAGCGCGAAGUGCGAGGAAAAACUUGCCCUCGCGUUGGAUGAGCAAGGCGGUUGUGCAAUAUGUGGCGCCGAACACACGGAAGAUUUGUGCUCCGAAAUAUGGAGGAGCUUCACUCCAAUCACUGAUUCCCAUCUGAAGGUCAAGGAUGUCCCGGCGUUCUGCUACACCUGUGGCGGCGCAGGCCAUUACGGGCCAGAAUGUGGGUUGCCGGACAGGGGAGAUAAAGUGACAGGAAAGACGACAUGGUCACAAACCAAUCGUCUUCUCUACAUAGACCAGAACAGCCAGAAUAUUGCUAUCGCUUGGGUCGGCGUGGAUCAAAAAGAAGAUUUCCACAUUCUUGGAAGGGCAAAAAGGCAGACACACACUCACUUCAUCUCUAGCGAAGAGUCCGAAGAAGAGCUUGUUCAUGCGCCUAUCAGAAAGGCAGAGCCUCGAAGUCAGAUUAGGAUAGCAAGCAAUAUCGGAUCGUUAGGGCAAAGUAGUAAUCAGCCCAGACCGCGUCGUAAUAACGACCAGAGUUAUAGCCGUCAGAACGAGAGAGAGUUCUCGCCUCCGCCUCUACCUUCGUACUCCCAAGGCAGUGGUACCUCGUCUUGGCAACCACCUCUUCCUCCAGGACCGCCACCACCCGCUCAGAGGAACGGGUACCAGGGUUCAUUGCCGUCCGCGCCUACCUCUCUACCCCCGCGUCCGCCGGCCUUCAAUCAAUCGCCCAGCAGAGGCGGUUCAGGCAGUAGGGGUGGUCAUUUCAAUCGAGGCGGUCGAGGUGGGCGCGGCCGAGGAAGAGGUAGAGGACGAGGAUAAUGGUUUCAUCACUUUAACAGCAUGUUGAAUACGUUAGAUGAGUUAUGUUCUUGUCAAGCCAGGGCAUGAAUAGUCACCGCCCAGGUGCAGAACGGAUAGGUCUCAUGACCGGUUAUACCUGAAAACCUAAAAUAUGGGUUAACCGAACUCGAUAUGAGGUGUAUUGAUAUAUGCUUACUCUGUAUUUGAGGCCAGGUGCCAACCACUAGGUUAACACAUUAUUAUACAUAGCAAAUUUCCCACCUUUAUUUUAGCAGCCCUCUAUUCUUUUUGGAUUUGAGGCUUGUAUCAGCAGCAUCAGGAGGGAUGGCUGAUGUGUGCUUAGUCGUGUUGUAUGCGAUUAGUACCUACGACGCGAUGCAAUAACAGGUACCUUAGGCACAUUUCUAGAAAGCAAUAGUAGCAUAUUGAACCGUUUACACAAGGUAUUCGAACUAUUGAGGGAAAUAGGCUGUUGCCAUCGACCCUCUUUAGGAGUCAAACCCGGAAUCGCUUAGGCGAAAGCCCUCUAUCUUCUUCGUAUUUGGUGUUCUACUAAGUUUACCGACCCCAUGGGAUCCCUAACAGCGAACACGAAACCAUCCUAAAUGUAAAAGACCCAGUUCCCUUAUAUUGGUUGUUUGCCAUGAGUCAUUCC